AGCAGAGACAAUGACGGGGGCAAACUAAGCCCGUGCAGAUGCCUACAGAUGGGAUGAAGAUCCCAUUAGAGCUAGAUGACUAUGGUGGUUUGCCACAAAAGGUCAGACGACAGAUUGUGGUCCAGUUGCGGGAGAAUCUCCCAGAUGCUUACACAGCGUGGGGACAAGUCCUUCGUGAGCAUCGGGACAUGUAUUGGAAUAUAUUCAGUCAAACAUAUGAAUGGGAUCCUGCGAUUGAAAAGCCUGUAAAAGAUUUAUGGAACAUGACAGCAAGGAUCAAGUUCAAGCAUGCACUUAGUGAGUUGAAAGCUAAGUGUGCAAAGAGAAACUUUCAAGCUAAGCCUCCAGAUAUGAAUCCAGAGUUAUGGGCGAAGCUUGUUCAUUUAUGGACUGAGGACGAGGGUCAUUUGAGAAGGUCAAGUUCUGCAAAGGCUAAUCGAGCAAAAGGACCGAGGGUGACGCAUACCAACGAUACAAUGAACGUUAAUGUUUAUAGAAAGAAAAUGCAACAAGCAAACCCCGAGGGUCGUCUACCAACAUAUCUUAAGGUCUACACUAGUAGAAGGCAGCACAAAGGAAAAGGAAAAGACCAACUGUUUGUAUAUUGUAAUGAUGAGGCUCAAGAAAUCGAAGAAAAAUUGACAGCUGAAUGUGCUACUAGACAAGAAGAAGAAGGAUUUGACCCUACAAUACUUCAUGGUGAGAUAUUACUUAGGGCAACUGGUGAGGUCAAGAAAGGAUGGCUGAAAGGUUUGGAUAUUCACACAUAUCCACAAGAUAUAAGUGUGAGUACAUCUAGACAAGAACCAUUUGGGCCACCUAUUAUAGGACAAUCUAAUAGGACUACCGAAUUAGAGCAGACUAUUGAAUCAUUGAAGGCAGAUAAUCAUAGCCUUCGACAAACACAAAUGGCCCUUUGAGCGGCUAAUGAUAACCUACGGCAGCAACAAUCCACCCUUGCGACACAGAUGCAGCAACUCUACCAGCAUUUAGGGAUGACCCUAGCGGAUACCAGUGGGACAGUCACCCCUAUGACACCUCGAGAUAUUUAGGUUUUUCAUAUUUUAAUUAAAUAUUUGUAUUGACU